AUGGCUCUAGGCAAGACCAUGCUGGGACGCCGCCAUGUUCUGCCAUCUGUGACCUCCACUCUCCAUGAACUGUUCGUCGAGGGGACUUUCCCCUCUGGCACGUAUCUAGUAACCGUCCAUGAGCCCAUCAGUUCCGAGGAUGGUGAUCUGGAAAAGGCACUGUAUGGCAGCUUCCUGCCAGUACCUUCAAAUGACAUCUUCCCAGAUCCUGUCCCGGAAGACUAUCACCCGCUGAAAAUGCCUGGCGCGGUUAUUCCCGUUAAGCAGUCCAAGAUCGUACUUAAUGGGGGACGGAAGAGAUUGAGCCUUAAAGUGACUAGCAAGGGGGAUAGACCCAUCCAGGUUGGUUCCCAUUACCAUUUCAUCGAGGUCAAUCCACAGCUGGAUUUUGACCGUAUCAAGGCAUACGGCUACCGCCUCGAUAUCCCUGCCGGAACUUCUAUACGGUUUGAACCGGGAGACUCCAAAACGGUUACCCUCGUUGAGAUAGCCGGGGAAAAGAUAAUUCAUGGGGGCAAUUUCCUAGCAAACGGAAAAGUAGACCUCGGUCGAGCGGACGAGAUUAUCGAGCGGCUUCAGCGGGCUGGGUUCGCGCACACUCCCCAGCCUGCUGGGGAUAUGACACAUAUCAAGCCGUUUUCUAUGAAUAGAGAAGCGUACGAGCACAUGUUUGGCCCGACUACUGGAGAUCUUGUCAGGUUGGGCUCAAUGGACCUGUGGGUGAAGGUUGAGAAGGACAUGACCUCGUAUGGAGAUGAGUGUAGUUUUGGCGGAGGUAAAACCCUACGAGAAGGCAUGGGCCAAGCUUCGGGGAGGGGUGCGGAUGAUGUGCUUGACACCGUUAUUACGAACGCACUUAUUAUCGAUUGGAGUGGGAUUUACGUGGCUGAUAUAGGUAUUAAGGGGGGUGAUAUUGUGGCCAUUGGGAAGGCGGGAAACCCGGAUAUUAUGGAUGGAGUCCAUCCGAAGAUGGUCGUUGGAGCUUGCACCGAUGUCAUUUCUGGUGAAGGGAAAAUAGUGACUGCCGGUGGCAUAGAUACUCAUGUCCAUUUUAUUUGUCCACAGCAGGUUAAUGAAUCUCUGGCCUCUGGCAUUACCACUAUGUUUGGAGGCGGCACAGGCCCCAGUACCGGAACGAACGCAACGACGUGUACGCCUGCGCCAAACCAAAUAAAGCAGAUGAUUCAGGCCUGUGACCACUUCCCGAUGAACUUUGGAAUCACUGGCAAAGGGAACGAUAGUGGACCUAAAGGCCUACGGGAACAAUGUCGUGCCGGAGCCGCAGGCCUCAAGCUACAUGAAGAUUGGGGCUGUACUCCUGCAGCAAUCGAUACGUGCCUGGACGUAUGCGACGAAUACGACGUCCAAUGUCUUAUCCACACCGACACUCUCAACGAAUCCGGCUUUGUCGAACAAACUACCAAGGCAUUCAAGAACCGCACAAUCCACACCUACCACACAGAAGGAGCGGGGGGAGGACAUGCUCCCGAUAUCAUCUCCGUCGUCGAACACCCCAACGUCCUUCCAAGCAGCACCAACCCCACGCGCCCAUUCACCACGAAUACCCUUGAUGAGCAUCUGGACAUGCUCAUGGUCUGCCACCAUCUCUCCAAAAACAUACGCGAGGAUGUCGCGUUCGCCGAAAGCCGCAUUCGCGCCGAGACCAUCGCGGCGGAAGACGUACUCCAUGACCUCGGCGCCAUCAGCAUGAUGUCCUCGGAUUCCCAGGCCAUGGGCCGUUGUGGAGAGGUUAUUCUCCGCACGUGGAACACAGCGGAUAAGAAUAAAAUGCAACGGGGGCCGCUGAAAGAGGAUGAAGGUACCGGCGCAGAUAAUUUCAGGGUCAAGCGGUAUGUUAGCAAGUAUACAAUCAAUCCGGCAAUUGCACAAGGGAUGAGCCAUGUUAUUGGGAGUGUGGAGGUUGGGAAGGUGGCCGAUCUUGUCUUGUGGACUUUUGCGAAUUUUGGGACGAAGCCAAGUAUGGUGUUGAAGUCUGGGAUGAUUGCCGCGGCGAUGGUGGGUGAUCCAAACGCAUCGAUUCCGACCAUCGAGCCCAUUGUGAUGAGAUAUAUGUUUGGGGCACGCGUGCCCCAAACAUCCAUCAUGUUCGUCUCCCAAGCAUCCAAGAGUUUGGGCAUCAUUGAUUCGUACGGGAUCAAGAAACGGGUUGAGGCGGUGCGUAAUUGUCGAGGUAUCGGCAAGAAGGAUAUGAAAUAUAACGACGUCAUGCCAAAGAUGAAGGUUGAUCCGGAGAGUUAUACUGUCGAAGCAAACGGGAUGCUGUGUGAGGCAGAGCCGGCUUCUCGAUUACACCUGACGCAGCAGUAUUUUGUCUAUUGA